AUAUCAAAAUUUAAUAAUUAACUUAUUAUGGAACGGAGGGAGCGUCGAUUAUAAUUUGCGGGUAACACAAAUUACCACAGCUUGAAGGCUGCCACUUACAAUUCUUCUUGAAAACCGUACCCAUUCAAGAACUAAAAAUCCCCAAAAACACCAUUUGUAUUUGUCCGAACAAAAAAAUAUAAUUGUCUGAACAAAUUUUCUCUAAGAAGAGUUUCUUGAUCCAUCAAUUUGAAAGAAUUAGAAAAAUGGUGGAAUUAAAGUUUCUCGGAAUGGACUUUGGUUGUGCACUUGGAUCUCUAAGCAAUGGUCAAUUCCCUGAAAAAGAUUGUUUGCUUCCUCUAAUUUCUAAGCUUCUUGGUUAUGCUAUUGUUGGUGCAUCUACCACUGUUAAACUUCCUCAGAUACUUAAAAUUUUGCAACACAAAAGUGUUAGAGGACUUAGCGUUGUGGCCUUCGAACUUGAACUUAUUGGUUAUACCAUUGCCUUGGCAUAUUGUCUUCACAAAGGGCUUCCAUUUUCAGCUUUUGGCGAGUAUGCUUUUCUUUUGAUCCAAGCUAUAAUUUUAGUUGCAAUAAUCUACUAUUUUUCUCAACCUCUUGGAAUGAAGACAUGGAUGAAAGCAUUAAUAUAUUGUGCUGUAGCACCAACUGUUUUGGCAGGUCAAAUUGAUCCUGUUCUUUUUGAGGCUCUGUAUGCUUCCCAGCAUGCAAUCUUUCUUUUUGCAAGGAUUCCGCAGAUAUGGAAGAAUUUUAAGAGCAAAAGUACUGGCGAACUGAGCUUUUUGACAUUUUUUAUGAACUUCGCCGGUUCCAUGGUUAGAGUUUUUACCAGCCUCCAGGAGAAAGCUCCCAUGAGUGUUGCCUUGGGAUCUGCACUCGGUGUACUGAUGAAUGGUACCAUCUUGGGUCAAAUUAUCACAUAUCAAAAGCCAACACCGAAGAAAGAGAAGAAGAAAGAUUAGACGUUUGAGCACGGCAUACUGGAAUGGCUAAAUGUUUCGUUCUUCACCUGGAGCUCACUGUCAUGUACAUCGAGCAAAAGAAGACCAUGAAUAACUCAUCUAUACCCCGAGAAACUGUCAUAGUUUUUGCUCAUUACAAGUUUUAGGUUGAUUCAUCAGUUACAAGAUUUUGCAUUUUCACUUUAACCAUAGUCUCUGUGUAUUUUUCUUACAUGAAGUAUGCUAACACAUAGGUGUAACAAUUUCUUUUUGUUCCAUCCCUGAUAUUGUGCUUGCAAGGAAUUUGGUAAAAAUAUACUCAUGGGGACCUCUUGUCUUGAGGUCACCAGUAUUUUUUUACCAGUCAA